AUGCAUGCCAAUCGGUUGCCUAGAACUUCUCCAUAUUUUCUAUUAGUGCCAGUUAGCACAAAGACUUUCAUAUUGGUUCUAAUUCAUGAUUGGCUACGUAAAUUUCAGGUGGAUAUAGCUUUUAUACCAUUUACCGAGAGGUUCCAGACUUUCUUCAAUGAAUUCAAGAACUAUGAUAUAACACAGGGCAGGCCGAAACUUGCACACUGGAUCGAGGAGGUGAACAAGAUUGAUGCUUACAAAGUAACAAAACGCGACCCCAAGGAGCACGUUGAAAGCUUUAUGAAAAAAUUUCAGGCUGCAGCUAAGCCCUGAACUGUUUACAAGAUGGCUACAACAAUGUCAUAACAAGAUAUCAUC